AGAAAACAACAUUUCUCCUAGAUCAGACCCCCCAACAGCAGUACAUCACCAAACAACAACAAACUUACAGUCAAUCAUAAGAAAACUCCCCUUCACCAAAUUAUACUUCGCCACUGUCGGCGGCUCAAAUUCUCUACACGUACGCCAGAAGGCGGGCAAGAGCCAAGAGGUGGUGCCAGACUGCCAGGUGUUUGUGUUUUUGUCACAAAGACACAAUUGAGCUCGACUCAAGUCAAUGCCACGUCGAGGGAACAAAGUAGCCCAAGAUUUCAGCUCCAAAGCUGUGUUUUGAUUUUGCUUUGGUGGAUUUGAGGAGGCACAGAAAUGUUAGUCCAAGAUCGGAACGGCUCGGCCCCAAAAGGAUCGAAACCCAGCAGAGAUAGAGCAGCGUCAUUGCCUCGCUCUCGCAUUCCCGAGACCAAAAGCCUCGAUUUUUCCGCGUGGGUUUCUGAGAAUCUGUACAAGCUCCUCACCAUUGUGCUCCUCGUCGCCACCGUCGCCGGCCUCUUCUAUUUCCGCAACGCCGCCGAGGGCACCGCCGCCUUAUUGUGCAUUGAGUCCACGCAGGCGCGCUCUGUUAAACCCCAGAUGCCUCGGAUCAACUGGAAUGACAUCCCUGCAAUCCUAGAUAAGUCUUCUCCCUAUGCGAAUUUCCGAUCCGAGAAGUGGAUCAUUGUGUCCGUGUCCAAUUACCCGUCAGAUUCACUCAGGAAGCUCACCAAGCUGAAAGGGUGGCAAGUUUUGGCUGUUGGGAACUCGAAAACUCCCAAAGAUUGGAGCUUGAAAGCUGCAAUUUACUUGUCUUUGGAAAUGCAAGCCCAGCUGGGCUUCAGAGUCCUAGAUUUCUUACCUUUUGAUUCCUAUGUUCGAAAAACUGUAGGAUACUUGUUUGCUAUACAGCAUGGUGCUAAAAAGAUAUUUGAUAUUGAUGACCGGGCAGAUGUGGUUGAUGAUGAUAUUGGGAAGCAUUUUGAUGUUGAAUUGGUUGGAGAGAGUGCUAGGCAGGAGGUUAUUUUGCAGUAUAGUCAUGAAAAUCCUAAUAGGACUGUUGUUAACCCUUAUAUACAUUUUGGCCAAAGGUCGGUUUGGCCAAGAGGUUUGCCAUUGGAGAAUGUGGGUGAGAUUGAGCGCGAGGAGUUCUACACCGAGGUUUUUGGUGGGAGACAAUUCAUUCAGCAGGGAAUUUCAAAUGGUUUGCCUGAUGUUGAUUCGGUUUUCUAUUUUACUAGGAAGUCGGGGCUUGAACCGUUUGAUAUUCGGUUUGAUGAGCGUGCUCCAAAGGUGGCAUUGCCACAAGGGACAAUGGCGCCACUUAAUUCUUUCAACACCAUAUUUCAAUCAUCUGCAUUUUGGGGUUUGAUGUUGCCAGUUUCAGUAAGUAGCAUGGCUUCUGAUGUGAUAAGAGGGUAUUGGGCACAGAGACUUUUGUGGGAAAUUGGUGGAUAUGUCGUGGUAUACCCUCCCACAAUAUACCGAUAUGAUAGAGCUGAGGCAUACCCGUUUUCGGAAGAGAAAGAUCUUCAUGUAAAUGUGGGUCGGCUAAUUAAGUUCUUGGUAACAUGGAGAUCAACUAAGCAUCGGUUUUUUGAGAAGAUUAUGGAGUUGAGCUAUGCCAUGGCCGAAGAAGGGUUUUGGACAGAGAGAGACGUCAAAUUCACUGCCGCUUGGCUUCAAGAUUUGCUUGCUGUUAGGUACCAGCAGCCUCGGCUGAUGUCUCUUGAAUUGGAUAGGCCGAGGGCAAAUAUUGGCCAUGGGGACAGGAAAGAAUUUGUCGCUCAGAAGUUGCCAUCUGUGCAUCUUGGAGUUGAUGAAAUUGGGACAGUGAAUUAUGAGAUUGGAAACUUAAUUAAGUGGAGGAAGAAUUUUGGGAAUGUUGUGCUAAUAAUGUUCUGCAGUGGUCCUGUUGAACGGACUGCUCUAGAAUGGAGAUUGUUAUAUGGAAGGAUAUUUAAAACAGUUAUUAUUCUAUCACAGCAGAAGAAUGUAGAUCUUGCUGUUGAAAAGGGUGAGCUGGACUAUAUCUACAGGUAUCUGCCUAAGCUAUUCAAUCGAUACACUAGUGCAGAAGGCUUCCUGUUUCUUCAGGAUAACACUAUUCUUAAUUACUGGAACUUGCUACAAGCAGACAAGUCUAAACUCUGGAUAACUGAUAAGGUAUCCAAAUCUUGGACCUCUGUUUCCGUUGCUGGUAGUUCAGAAUGGAUAUCAAAACAAGCGAACUUGGUAAAGAAAGUUGUUGAUACAAUGCCGGUACACUUUCAAGUCAAUUACAAAGAGUCUGUAGGAAGCGGUGAAAGCCUCAAAAUUUGCGAAUCUGAGGUAUUCUAUGUCCCUCGUCGUUUUGUGACAGACUUCAUUGAUCUUGUGAAUCUAGUGGGGAAACUAGACGUCCAUCAUAAGGUUACAAUACCCAUGUUCUUCCUGGCAAUGGACUCGCCACAAAACUUUGACCCCGUUUUCAAUCCAAUGGUUUAUGAGGAAACACAACCGAAUAAUUUAACAACACUUUAUUCUGCCGAGGCUCCUGCAGUCCACCCGUGGUCUGUAUCUAGCGAGCAAGAGUUCAUAAAACUGAUUAGAGUAAUGGCAGCGGGCGACCCCCUGCUAUUGGAGCUGGUGUAAUGUUAGACAUGAAAGGUCAGCGAUAUAACCUCGGAGAACAAGGGUGGGAAA